AUGGCUUCUGCAGUAGCAGACCUGGAGGCUGGCCUCCAGGCCAUGCUCAACCUCAAACCACCUGGAGUCUCAGGAUCCCGUAUUACCAGCUUGACGUCGCUGUGCGUCGCCAACGUUCAGUCUGAGUCGGUUCUCAUCCAGAAGAUCUACACACACUUCAAGAAGGCGCCCGGUACACACAAGUUGGGGGUUCUCUACGUCGUAGACUCUGUAACCCGCAAGUGGCUCGAGCAAGCAAAGGCCCAAGGACAAACAGUAAACAGCUCUGCGCAAGACGGCACAUACGCUGCCGGAGUUCAUCGAGUGACGGAACUCAUGCCCGUAUUGAUGAAUGACAUUAUCCAGUCCGCCCCGGACGAGCAAAAGGAAAAGAUCAAGAAGCUGCUUGACAUUUGGGAGAAGGGCCAGACGUUCCCGCAGCCCAUGCUCGAGUCCUUCAAGCAGAAGCUGAGCGCCUCCCCUCCAGCCAAAGUAUCGACGACUCCCCCCGGAAGCCCUCCGGCAGCCGUUGUGGCCUCGUAUCAGAACCAACAGGUUAAGCCAACGCCGCCCGCGGCUCCGGCCCCUACAGGCUCUUCCAUCCUGGAGGCGCUGGCCAACAUUGCGCGCCAGAACACCACCAGCGCUGCUCCGAGCAGCUCUGCGCUUCCCGCCCCGGCGGCGUCGUACAGCUAUCCCGCCGCCAGUAUGCCUCAGUCGGUGACGAUGCCUCCCUUCAGCCAGCCACCGGCGCAACCAGCGCCGUCGUAUGCUGCCCCCGCGCAACCAGUGAAUGCUCCUGCGUUGCCCUUCUCCCUGCCUCAGAUGCCGGGCCAGGGUGUAAGCAUGCCGCCCACCAACGGCGCCCUGCCGAACCCGUAUGCCGCCGCUCCUCCGUCCGCCGCACCCCCGUCCGGCGGGCUUGAUGCCACCACUCAGCAGCAGAUCAUGCUCAUCAAGGCCCUCGCCGACCAGGGCGUCCCCUUCGACAAGAUCCCGGCCUUGAUCCAGAGCAUGACCGGCGGCAACAAUGCGACGGCCCAGCAGUCGUUCCAGCCUCCUGUUCCCGCUGCGCAGGGGUCGUAUCCUGCCGGCCAGCAGCUAUGGCCUGGUGCCGAUAACGCUCGUGACCGUGGCUAUCAGGAUGGCAUGAGGUCCCCCAGACAUCACGGGCGGUCACGCUCGCGCUCCCCCGAUCGCGGUUGGGGCUCCAAGGAUUCUCCCCGCGGUGGGCGUGACAGACAUGACGACCGUGACCGCAACGGCCGACGCAGCAACGACUACCGCCAGAGGAGCCCACAAGGCCGACGGGGCCGUAGCGCGACCCCCGACUCGGAGAUGCCCAAGAUUGAGCGAUGGAUUGAGUACGAUCGCUCUCUACCGCCAAACCACAUCAAGGUCUACAGCCGCACCCUCUUCGUGGGCGGAGUGACCUGCUCCGAGGCUGAGCUCCGAAAUAUCUUCAGCCGCUUCGGCACCGUCCAGACAUGCAUCGUGAACAGGGACAAGCGCCAUGCCUUUGUCAAGAUGCUCACCCGCAAAGACGCCGUAAAUGCCAAGGAAAGCACAGAGGACCCUCGCAACAUUGAAAUACCUCUCAGGACACGAUGGGGAGUCGGCUUUGGACCCAGAGACUGCAGCGACUACUCGACGGGCAUCAGCAUAAUACCCAUUCACAAGUUGACCGAGGCAGACCGCAAGUGGAUGUUAACUGCGCCUUACGGAGGCAGCGGGGGCAAGCCCAUUGAGAGCGGGAUGGCCGUCGAGGAACCAGAUAUCGAGAUCGGCGCCGGCGUCUCGUCCAAGGCUAUCAGUCGCCGCAUGCAGACGGACAAGGGCGGCAGCAACGGACCCAAGUCGACGCGCAACCGCGAUGAGGAGGGCGGCGGCGGCGGCGGCGGCGGCGGCGGCGGCGGCGGCGGCGGUCGCGGUCGUCGUAACAGAGACCGCCGCGGCGACCAUGGAGACAAUGGCGCCGGCGGCCAGCAGCCCCCGGCGUCCGGGUUCCCCUUCGGCAUGGGCAACCUCCCCAGCGGCAUGCCCAACUUCCCCGCAGGUUUCGGCAGCUAG